AAGAGUCGAGUGGUCGGUGUAUCUGUCGAGGAAUUGAAUGAAUACACGUGUGGUAUAUGUCUGCAAGUGUUUGUCAAUCCUGUGGUCACCCAAUGCUGUCAACAAACCUAUUGCAGUGAUUGUAUCUAUGGUUGGCUCUCAGACCACAAUACCUGUCCUAAUGAUCGCAAGAGAUUGAGUCGUGAAGGUGUGGGUCCGGCGCCCAGAUUUGUCAUUAAUUUACUGAAUAAUAUGAAAGUAAAGUGCGAUUUCUAUGCCAAUGGCUGUAAAUCAGUGUGUGCGACCUGUGAACUGCCUAUUGAUGGCAAUACUCAACACAAUUGUAUUGAGAAUCUAUUGAUUCUUAAUAAAAGUCUUUGCGAUGAAAUCAAGAGAAUCCAAUUGCAGAGCCAAAAAGUGAGUAUGAAGGGUGUGAUAGAGUUGGCUCGUAAAGACCUGGAUAAUUGCAGAGUGAAAUCACCAACGUAUCUAUCGUCGAUUGAAGUGGAGUUAUGUAUCGAAAGGUCCAAAGAGGCCAUCAGGAGGUGCAACAGCUUUUCGGAUAUAUCGGCGCAUAUAUGCAAUGUAUUCAAUGAUAAUACGGAUGACACGGCUAACAGACAAUGGCAUUGCAAUGCAUUCUCCAAACACGGCGGAGAGUCUCUCGUAUAUCCCAAACAAUACUGUCGACUAGUGUUUGGUUUGCUUCACAUCGAGAUAUUUAGUACUGUCAAGAAUUAAAGCAUCUAGGUCAUUAUGUUUUUAGGUACAUGGUUUAAUAGAAAAAUUGUAAUAUCGCCAAAUAGUACCUAGGGCAAUUAAACACGG